UUUUUUUCUCUUUUUCUUCUUCUUCUUCUCUUCUUCAUCUCUCUUUCUCUUCACAAUCCUUCCUCCUCUCUCUUUCACAAUGGCCUUUGGAAAGCUUUACGGUCUUCCCGACAACCCUCGCACCAUCGCGAUCCUCGUCGCUGCCAAGAGCAACGAUGUUGAUCUCGAGUUGGUGAAGACCGAGGCUGACUCGACUGCCGCCUUCAACAAGUCGGCCGAGUUCACCAAGCUGAGCCCUCUGGGCAAGGUCCCUGCUUUCGAGGGUGCCAACGGCUACUCUCUGUCUGAGGCCAUUGCCAUUGCUGUGUAUGUCACCUCGCAGAAUGAGAAGACUACCCUGCUCGGCAAGACCAAGCAGGAUUAUGCCUCCAUCCUCCGUUGGUUGUCCUAUGCCAACUCCGAGGUCCUCUCCAAGCUCGGUGGCUGGUACCGCCCUCUCAUGGGCAAGGACUCCUACAACAAGAAGAACGUUGAUGAUGCCGCCAAGGCUUCUCUGAAGGCUAUCGGUGUUCUCAACACCCACCUCACUGCCAACACCUACCUCGUUGGCGAGCGUAUCACCCUGGCUGAUAUCUUCGCCGCGGCUCUCCUGACCCGUGCCUUCGCCACCGUUCUGGACAAGAAGUUCCGCUCCGAGAACCCUGCCGUCACCCGGUGGUUCCAGACUAUCGUCAACCAGCCCGCCUUCAAGGCCGUGGUUGAGAAGCCCGUCCUCGUCGAGGAGACCAUCAAGUACACUCCCCCCAAGAAGGAGGAGAAGCCCAAGGAGGCCAAGCCUGCUGCUGCCCCCGCCCCGGCCGCUGAGAAGCCCGCCGAGGAGAAGAAGGCCAAGCACCCUCUGGAGGCCCUGGGCAAGCCCACCUUCGUUCUCGAUGAGUGGAAGCGUUGCUACUCCAACGAGGACACUCGCCCCGCCGCGCUGCCCUGGUUCUGGGCCAACUACAAGCCCGAGGAGUUCUCCCUGUGGAGCGUCAACUACAAGUACGACAACGAGCUGAAGCUGACCUUCAUGGCCAACAACCUGAUCGGCGGCUUCCACGCUCGUCUCGAGGCCUCGCGCAAGUACCUGUUCGGUGCCCAGUCCGUCUUCGGCACCAACUACGACUGCGCCAUCCGCGGUGUCUUCCUGGUCCGCGGCCAGGAGGCCCUCCCGGCGUUCGACGUCGCUCCCGACUGGGAGAGCUACGACUUCGUGAAGCUCGACCACACCAAGGAGGAGGACCGCAAGCUCAUUGAGGACAUGUGGGCCUGGGACACCAACAUCACCCUGAACGACAAGGAGUACCCCUGGGUUGACGGCCACGUCUUCAAAUAAAUGUCUGUUGUGAUCGUAACCACAUCCUGAUGGAUGAUGAUCCCCUCCCUCUCGCCGGGCCCGUCCACUUCAAGUCAACUGGACGGAGCGGGG